AUGUCGGUAUCAGGGCCUAUCCGACCCUUCCGCGGGAUGGCGCUGAUCGCCCAACAACGCUUCGCCAGACUACAGUGGGCCCGAGGUGUACGAUGUUGGCAGCGGCGAGAAUGGCAACAAUGGUGUCAUCGUCCAUCUUCAGAAAAAAACAUUUCUUCUGCCAUUGUCAUGAUUCACUGCAUGGCCCACAGAUUGGAAUUGUGCUUCAAGGCAGCUUUCAAAACAUCAAAACAGUAUGCAGACGUUAUGAAAAUGCUUCAUCUUCUCACUCUUUCUACAAAGGUUAUCUCCAAAGUAAAUUGUACAGCCAUGAAACUUCAUAAUUUCAUUAGCGCUACUUGCAAGUUCAAGGUUGAAGGUUUACAGCAGGGCCUGGCAGUGGUGUGCAGACAGUUCUGCUCAGAUCAAAGCAAAGUCCUCUUCAAGCUCCUAACACAGAGAUCACUUAUAGUGUAUGCAUUUCUUCAUGACGUCCUGAACACAUUGAGCAAACUAUCAGCAGAACUACAACGAAAGGAUGUGACCAUCCAUGAGUGCCACGAACAGUUAAAGGCUACUAUUGCUACUCUGGAACAGAUGAAAGAAAAACCUGGAUUUCAUCUACGUGCAGUAGAGAAUAAGAACACUUUCCAUGGCCAGUCACUGUCU